CCCCAGCCCUAAAGAGCGGUGCCGCCCUACAACCUUCGCCCAGGGCCCAGUGGCCGGCUCCGCCUGUUCUAGAAUCUUUUCCCCAACCCAAGAUGGCGGCGGAGGUGGAUUUUGGCGACCUAGAGCUGUUCGAAGCGUUUGACCACCCCGAGGAGUCGAUUCCGAACCCCGUUCACACCCGCUUCAAGGACGACGACGACGAGGAGGAAGCGGAAGAGAAUGGGGUUGGCGACGCGGAGCUCCGGGAGCAGCUUCGGCAGUGUGAGGCCACCAUCGGGCAGCUUCGCGCCGAGAAUCAAGAACUUAAAAGAAAGCUGAACAUUCUUACUCGACCAAGUGGAAUAUUGGUGAACAAUACUAAGUUAGAUGGACCUUUAUUACAGAUUCUAUUUAUGAACAAUUCUAUUUCAAAGCAAUAUCAUCAAGAAAUAGAGGAAUUUGUAUCAAAUUUAGUAAAAAGAUUUGAGGAACAGCAGAAAAAUGAUGUGGAAAAGACUUCCUUUAAUCUUUUGCCCCAGCCAUCCAGUGUUGUGCUCGAAGAGGACCAUAAAGUAGAAGAAGCUGGUGCGGUUAGAAACAACAAGGAAGCUUUCAGUGUUGUAGGAAGUGUCCUGUAUUUUACUAAUUUUUGCCUUGAUAAAUUGGGGCAACCGCUACUAAAUGAGAAUCCUCAGCUUUCGGAAGGAUGGGAAAUACCCAAGUACCAGCAAGUCUUCAGCCAGAUUGUUUCUCUAGAAGGGCAAGAAAUACAAGUAAAGGCAAAAAGGCCAAAGCCUCACUGUUUCAAUUGUGGUUCAGAAGAGCAUCAAAUGAAAGAUUGCCCAAUGCCUCGGAAUGCUGCUCGGAUAAGUGAGAAGAGGAAAGAGUAUAUGGAUGCUUGUGGUGAGGCAAGCAGUCAGAAUUUUCAGCAGCGGUACCAUGCAGAAGAGGUGGAAGAAAGAUUUGGAAGAUUCAAGCCAGGAGUUAUUAGUGAAGAACUUCAGGAUGCCCUUGGUGUGACGGACAAGAGCCUCCCACCUUUCAUAUAUCGAAUGCGUCAGCUGGGGUACCCACCAGGCUGGCUCAAAGAGGCUGAACUGGAAAACUCAGGGCUUGCACUCUAUGAUGGAAAAGAUGAUGCCAACGGGGAAGCAGAAGCUGGCGAGGUACAGCAGAAUAAAAGCGUCACUUACGAUCUCUCCAAAUUGGUAAACUAUCCAGGUUUUAAUAUAUCUACUCCCAGAGGAAUUCCAGAUGAGUGGAGGAUAUUUGGUUCCAUACCCAUGCAGGCGUGUCAGCACAAGGACGUGUUUGCCAGCUACCUCACUUCUAACUUCCAGGCGCCAAGUACGAGGUCUGGCAAUAAGCGGUCUUCAUCUCAGUCAAGCCCUUGUAGUCCAAAGAAGCAGAAGAAGGAGAGCGGCUCCGACACGUCCCCUGCCAACAUGGAGCUCGACUCAGAUGUGGAGGUGCCCCAUGGUUCUGAGAGUUGUGCUUUUGAGUUCCAACCCCCACUGCCUCCUGGCACUCCACCCCUUCUGAUGCCACCUCUCCCCAAGGGCACCCCACCGGUGACGCCCAGCGACUCCCCCCAGCCCCGCACAGCAUCUGCAGCAGUGGACGAGGACACCCUGACUCUGGAAGAACUUGAGGAACAGCAGAGGCGGAUCUGGGCGGCUCUCGAACAGGCCGAGAGUGUCAACAGUGAUUCUGACAUUCCUGUUGACACACCUUUAACUGGGAAUUCUGUUGCCUCUUCACCUUGUCCAAACGAACUAGACCUCCCCAUUCCUGAGGGAAAACCUUCGGAAAAGCAGAUGCCAGGUGGAGCCGAGGGGCCACCUGAAGCCAAGGUGCCCGACGCUUGUACGGAGAAAUCUGAAAUGGAACCUUCCUUGACGAGCCCAGACGCAGAGGCUGUGUUACUUUGUCCGAAGGAAAAGGAAGAGUCUGCCCAGGGAGACUCUCAAGAUGCCCAUUUCGAUAACGGUGGUGUCGUGUCAAACUGUGACAUUAGUAAUGGGGGCAGCCAGAAGCUCCUGCAGCCGGACACCAGUCCUUCCAUAGCCAUUAAAACUCACAGUCCCAUACCCGACAUGAGCAAGUUUGCAACUGGAAUCACUCCGUUUGAAUUUGAGAAUAUGGCAGAAUCUACUGGAAUGUAUCUCAGGAUAAGGAACUUAUUAAAGAACUCGCCCCGAAACCAGCAAAAAAACAAAAAGUCUUCUGAGUAA